UGCAGGUGCAAGUAUAAUUUGCUUCUAUUAACCAGGAAACUCACCUCUGAACUUUCAGCUUCAAUGUCUCCAACUCCUGCUCCUCCACGGGUCUAUGGCGGAGAUGGAAUCUACAGAUCACCACGGCCACCCAUCAACCUGCCGGAACACCCCAAAACCUCUAUAGUCUCAUUCUUCUUCAGACACCUCCCAUCUCUUUCCCAAACCACAGCACUAAUUGAUUCUGAAACAGGGCAAACCUUAACAUUCUCACAGCUCAAAACCCAAGUUUUCAAGCUCUCCCAAGCUCUACUCAACCUUAACAUCUCCAAAUCCGACGUUGUCUUGAUCUUCUCCCCGAACUCCAUUCUUUUCCCUGUCUCUUUCCUGGCAGUCGUCUCCAUUGGUGCCAUUGUCACCACUGUCAACCCGCUGUACACCAUCUCUGAGCUCACCAACCAAGUCAAAGAUUCGAACCCGAAAUUAAUCAUUACCGUCGAUGAUCUCUACCACAAAGUCAAGAAUUUUAAUCUCCCCUGCAUUUUUCUGAGUUCCAAGACUUCUUCAUCUCAUGAUAGAUUACCUUCAAAAAGUUCGAUUUUUUACUAUUCAGAUCUAGUCUCAUCACCCUAUGUUACUGUUCCGAUGCCAGAAACAGGACAAAAUGAUGUAGCAGCCUUAUUAUAUUCAUCUGGGACGACUGGAAAAAGCAAAGGGGUGGUUCUAACACAUAAAAACUUCAUUGCCACUGCCUUAAUGGUUACCUCGGACCAAGAUUUCUAUGGAGCAUACAACAGUGUGUACCUGUGCUUUCUUCCUCUCUUUCACAUAUAUGGCCUUGCGUCAAUAAUGUACGCACAGCUGCAAAGAGGGGAUACAGUGGUGUUGAUGGCAAAUUACUCACUGGAAAAGGUUCUGCAGUCUAUUGAGAAGUAUAGAGUGACACAUCUGUCAGUUGUGCCACCAGUUAUUUUAGCAUUCGCGAAGCACAGAGAGACAGUGGAGAGGUACGAUGUUUCUUCAUUGAGGGAGAUUGGAUCAGGGGCUGCACCAUUGGGAAAGGAUGUAAUGGAGGAAUGUGCCAAGUGUUUUCCCAAAGCUGGAAUUUUUCAGGGAUAUGGUAUGACAGAAACUUGUGGAAUUAUUUCCAUGGAGAAUACAAGGACAGCACGCCGACAUUCUGGAUCCACUGGUAUGCUAGUUGCAGGACUUGAAUCAAAAAUAGUAGACAUGGAUACCAUGAAACCUCUCCCACCUUUACAGAAAGGUGAAAUCUGGGUUCGCGGUCCAAAUAUGAUGUUAGGUUAUUUCAAUAAUCAAACAGCCACAGAUGAAACCUUAGAUGGAGAAGGGUGGGUACACACUGGGGAUCUUGGUUAUUUUGAUGAUGAGGGGCAAUUACACGUUGUUGACCGGCUAAAAGAACUGAUCAAGUGUAAAGGAUUUCAGGUGGCUCCAGCUGAACUCGAAGAUCUGCUAGUCACUCACCCUGAAAUAUCAGAUGCUGCUGUAAUUCCUUUUCCGGACAGGGAAGCUGGUGAGGUUCCUAUCGCAUACGUAGUUCGUUCAUGUGGUAGCUCAAUUACUGAGGAAGAAGUUAAAAGUUUCAUUGCUGGACAGGUUGUUUUUUACAAAAGAUUACAAAAAGUGAUUUUCACAGAAAAUAUACCAAAAUCAGCUGCAGGGAAGAUUCUUAGAAGGGAGCUCAUACAAAGGAUUCAAUCAAAGCUGUAG